CUUCGGACUCAACACGGGCACAUCAUCCGGCGCCUGCCAAUCGUCAAGCUGUCCUUCGCUGAUUUGCUCUUGCUUUACACAAGCGACGUUUUGGCGAAUUAAGCAGCCACUAUCAUUCUCGCUAGCGCCAUGGGAACUCAGUAUGGAGGCCGCUUUCGGUGACCCCGAUAAAUUUUCUGAGGAACUUUAAGAAUGUUAUCAACGACGGAAGAGGACUACUCACCUGUAUGCCAAAGUUCUUGAUUCCAGUCAUGCUCGAAUAUUCCCCUUCUGCAACAUGGCUUCGACGGCCAAAUGCAAUAUUUACGACAAAGACGGACCUCUCUUGCGACGAACUAACGACCGAUGAGAGAAAUUGUGGGUGCCAAAAGGCCCUAGGACGCGAUGACAGAGAAGGUGAAGCCAGCACAGCCUUACCUCACCCGUUUGAUCUGAAUCAGCCGGCACCUGGAUCUAAUCAAAGCGAUUUAGAUUUUGCGGCCCACUUCGAUAGAGUCCGGGAGUCUACAGCAACUACCCAGCAAUUGGAAACGCAAUUCCGUACCGCUCUUCAUCCUGGAAAUGACCCAAACGGCCAGCAGGAUUACCCGUAUAACCGUGGUAGUCUCCAGUCGAUGCAGCAGUAUGCGCCUCAAACUGGCUCUGACUCUCCCUAUGGACCAGCAGCCCAUUUCAAUUCGCAUGUGGGUUACAAUUCUGCACCAGGACAACACUCAAGUGGCUACGGAGAUGACCCUCAGACCAGUUACCAGGAGUACUCCUAUCAGGGCCAGAACUCAGGUCGCGAUGACAACCCUAAUCAGGAUGUUCUGCCGGACCUUGAUGCAGCAUUCAAUUCCGAUCAUCGGCAAAGUCCUGAUUGCUACCGAGGGCCCGAUGGCGGAGUGAACUGUGCUUUCGAGUAGCUUAGACUUUGUCGCCUAGUUACAAGCCCUUUGACUAGAUACUGACUAGCUGCAUAAGUCUCUAGUCCAUUCAUACGCAUUCCAUACUCCAAUUUAUUCCAAGCUUCUUUCAGCAACAAGAUUCAAUCCACCAUUAGCUCGAGCAUAAUGAUUGUACAGAGGAGACGAGCCAGAGAAAGAAGGCGCUUGUGAUGAAGAGGGGACUUGGACAGAACUAGGUGUAGAGGAUGAGAUUGUUGCCUCAGGAACAAGACAGCUGCAGAACUCCGUCUUUUAUUUCCAUCGAACAUGAGCGGAAGAAU